CGGCCCAAACAAGGCCCAAAAGGUUUCUGCUUUCAGCCUUCUUCAUGCCAAAACCCCAAUCCGGCCGGCGACUCUCCGACAUCCCGGCCGGCGACCAUGGCGGCGGCGGCGGCGGAGGUAGCAGCAGCGGGAGGAGGAGGAGAGAUGGUGGUCGUCCGCCUGCCUCCCCUUUCCCAGGACGACCCCCUCUUCCAAGACAAGAAGAGGAUAUUGGACAGUAGAAACUUAUCCUGUCUAUUUCAAGUUCCAAACUCAUGUUCUGCUGCUGAUGCCUUCAAAGUACUGGAUAGGAUAAUCCAAGCUGCUAGGAUAGCUCAUAUGGAUGAGCUUGAGCUUUAUUUUACUGGAGACGAUGAUUUCGGGCCAUUAUCUACAAGGAAUGAACUUGAAUCUCUAAAUUUGUUGCUCAAAAUUUUGAACACGUUGCUUCUGACUGCCAAUGUUGGUGCCAUGGGAGUUUUGCAAGUCCUACGUGAUGAAAUACUUAUUAGGCUCAGAUCUCUUGAGUUGGAAGACAAUGACCAAAUGGUAGUUCAAAUACGAAACCAGAACAUGGAAGAUUCUCUUCUGAAAUGGGGGGAGCAACAUGGUGUUAAAACUAAAUUGCAAAUAGCAUUUUUUGAAGGAGCUGGGAGAGGAAUGGUAGCUUCUGAAAACAUAGAUGUGGGGGAUAUUGCACUUGAAAUUCCAGAGUCUUCUAUCAUAUCUGAGGAACUUCUCUGCCAGUCUGGCAUGUUUCUUGCAUUAAAAGAUUUAGAUAGCAUCACCACUGAGACUAUGCUAUUGUUGUGGAGCAUCAGAGAGCGGUACAAUCCAUCUUCAAAGUUUAAGAUAUACUUCGAGGCACUCCCAGCAAAUUUCAAUACAGGGCUGAGUUUUGGAAUUGAUGCACUUGCUGCAUUGGAAGGAACCCUUCUUUUUGAUGAGUUAAUGCAAGCUAGGCAGCAUUUGCGCCAGCAGUAUGAUGAGUUAUUUCCAAUGCUGUGCAUAAAGUUUCCUGAUAUAUUCAAACAAGACGUGUAUACCUGGGACAAUUUUCUAUGGGCAUGUGAAUUAUGGUAUUCUAACAGUAUGAUGGUUGUAUUAAGUAGUGGGAAAUUAACAACUUGCUUGAUUCCUAUUGCCGGACUUCUGAACCACUCGGUUUCUCCUCACAUUCUUAACUAUGGUCGGGUAGAUAAAGUUACGAAAUCUUUGAAAUUUCCUCUGUCUAGACCAUGCAAAGCAGGGGAGCAAUGUUUUCUCAGUUAUGGGAAGCAUCCAGGAUCUCAUCUUAUCACUUUCUAUGGUUUUCUACCAAGAGACAACCCUUAUGAUGUUAUACCUUUAGAUCUUGAUACAUCUGUGGAUGAAGAAGACAGUUCAUCUCCGUCCGUAACUACAAGCCAAACCAGUCAUAUGGUACGUGGGACAUGGCUGUCCAGAUUAAGAGGACCUCCGACGUAUGGGCUGCCUCAUCGCUUGGUAUCCCAUCUCCAUGCCAUUCUAGGUUGUAAUCAGAACGAAUCCGCUCCAGAGGCUGAUAACAAGGAAAAUGACAGGAUGGUGCUCGAAACACUCCUCUCCAUAUUUACUCCCAUGCUUGAAGGAUUAGGCGAACCAGAUGACUUCGACCGGGAGAACGCAUGUUGGGACGUCAAUCUCGCACUGGACUACAAAGAUCUACAAAGAAGGAUAGUUUUGUCCAUUGUUACUUCGUGUACCUCAGGCUUGGCCAUGCUUGAUUCCUAGUCCGAACUCUUUAGUGCUUCAUCAUUGGAUGUGCAAGACCACAAUUGGAGUUUGUUGGGAGUGACUCAAGCUGACAUGUGGAUGGUGGAGCUGUUGCACAUGGGUUACCUGCAACUGACUGCAAAUCUGUUCUUUCCUGGAUAGGGAUCCAAGGACCAGUAUGGCAUUUGACCACCAGUCCCAAGUGAAGAUGCUCAGCUCACAGCAUCAGAUGUCUGAUCCGAUGAUUACGCGAAAUCCAGUCAUCGAUCUGUGCCCUCUGUGGCUUGAGAUUUAAGUAAGUUGCCCCUGGUUGUUACUGCAAACCUGCUGCUUUUGGUGGAAGAAAGCUACUUCUGAACUAAUUUAUUGGGGAUGGAGUAAUGUCUCUUCGACCCAUAACGCCGACAUUUCAGCUUAUUAUUUAUAAGAUCAUAUUGCUGAUCAUGGAACUGCACAUGGAAUUUCUGCUAAAUUAGUUUUCUCCCAUGUGGUCCAUAUGCUAGAAUAACUGAACACUGCAUAAAAGGAUGCUCCUUGAGUUGUGUGCUGAACCUGCUAGUUUUUUUCCCUUUUCUUUUCCUUGAGUUGUGUACUGAACCUGCUAGUUUUUUAUUUUUCUUUUUUUUCCUUGAGUUAUGAACUGUGCCUGUUACUUCCUCUAUUUCAUAUUAUAAGUCACUUUGGGUUUGCGCUAAUUUAAAUUUCAUCAAGUUUGAUCAAGUUUAUAGAAAAAUAUAGCAACAUUUUGAACACAAAAUAAAUAUACUAUCAAAAUAUAUUGAAUGAUGGAUUUAUCGAAACUAAUUUAAUGGUGUACUCCCUCCGUCUCAAAAAAAAAAAAAAGGCAAAAUAUGACCCUCCUAGUACAAUGAAUCUAGAGAACCUUUUAACUAGGAGGAGAGGUGACCCUUCUUAGGUUGUCUUUUUUUUGGGACUGAGUGAGUACAUGUUACUAUGUUUUUCUAUAAAUUUGAUCGAAUGUUUGAUUUAGGACAGGCCCAAAGUGACAUAAUAUAAAAUGGAGGGAGUGGUUUUUUUUCUUUCUUUAAUAUGUAAGUUCUUAGAUCAAACCUUAUACAGAACACUUGUCUGGAUCUGAAGUUACUGUUCCUAGUGGGGAUAUUUUUAAUGGCAAUGUUGCUUCAUUUUUGCUGUUGUA